GUGAGUAAAAUCAUGUCCCGCGCUCUUAAAGCCCUCGACCAGGUGCGAGCUCGUCUGGAGCAGACGGCAACACCGCAGAGGAAAAGCCACCGCGCGGACAGUGACGUGGAGCUGCUCUACGAAGAGAACAAAACUCGCGUUCAGGUCAAAGUACGCUACCUCUUAGCGGUUCAUCGCAUCGAGAUGAAGGCGAGCGAGCCGUUCCACGCCCUGACCACCAAACUGGCAGAGGUGACGGGACAAGAUGAGAAGACCUUGACCUUGUACCUCCGAGACUGCUGCCUGGGCCUCUCGGAGAGCCCGCUUUCGGUCAACCUGACGGUGGCGGACAUCAUCGAAUGCCACUGUAUGAAACCGGAAGCUGACCAGGUCGCCAGCUCCAACCACAUCAACCUGGUUAUCCGAAGCGUUGCGGCCAAGACGAGGACAACCCUGUCGGCGAACAUCCGCAACCCAAUGAAGGAAGUCAUGGAUAAGUACGCAGCCAUGAACAAUCUCAAUUCUUCAACUUUGGUAUUCACAUUUGAUGGUGACGAGCUUUACCCACUGGAUACUCCCCUGAAGCUGGAUUUGGAGGAUGGUGAUUGUAUCGAUGUUUGA